CGCAAAGACGACUCCGCCAGUACCUCUCAGGUCAAAGUAUUAGUUAUUGCGUUGAAGCAGGUGUAAGUCGCUCGUGGACUUUAGUGACAUUAGUUGGUUUGAUACAAUUAGUUUGCUGAUCCGAUCCACUGAAUUUCGGUGGGACGAUGAAUGGUACAAUGGCCAUGGCACCGGUAUCGCAAAACAUGGAACCACCAAACAAGAAGCCACGAGUUGAAGAUGUUACAGCGGAGAGACAGUACAGAAUCUGUGGCCUUCGACUGAGCUGUGAUCAUGAGCGUGCGCCAAACAAAGAAAGAGAACUCUACAUUCGUUGAACAGAACAAAUCUGAGUUUCUCAAACUCCUACUGACACAGCAUCUAAUGUCGAGUACCAAGUACUCGCAAUGAUUCUAGAUAGGUUAGCAUUAUAGGGUAGCUCACUUUUCAAUCCUAACUAUGAGUCUCUUGAUAAAGUAAUAUCUGCGAAGUAAGGAGUACAUUUUGAAGAAAUCAUCAGGCAGUGCCUGCAUGCUGGAAUAGGUAUUUUUAUAUCCCUCUGACCCUUUACGAUCGCACAGUUUGACAGGAUCUACAAUAGUUGUACAGAUUGCAUUUUUUACAGCAUUAUUACACGUGGAUCUAAAUUAUUAAUUUACAGGAAUCAAAGGGAAAUUCAACGUCGCUCUCUUUCCGUGUCAAAUAUGUUUAGAUAUAAAACACUUUUGUUAUCAUCAAACUCGAGUAGCAUAUAUUUAAAUGCACAGUUGUAUUGCGUAAUCACUGCAGCAAUCGUCGCUUGGUAGUGCUACGUGUUACAGAAUCUCAAUAAAUUUACUUUGCAGAUCUGUGCUUAUUAACUAAUGAUCAGGGUAAAUAUUGCAUAUUAUCAGUAAAUGGAUUUCAAAGAGACUUGUACUUAGACCUGGCAGUGGCGAUGUACAGUGUCACAAUGUUUUUAUUUUUUUAUAAUUUGUCAUUUGGCCUAAAUCCAAUUUGGAGCAGGUAAGCCUCAAACAUCUGCUGGACAUAAGAAGCACUCUCGUAAAACCAAGAAUGUAACGAUAAUGCUCACAAUCGCCAUUGCUCCAUGAAAGGGUAUAGGGAUUAGCUACGUGUUUAGGUUGGAGAAGGCAAGAACUAAGAAAAUGGCGCAGGAAAUGCACUGAGAGUAUUCUCCUUUGCUUUGUGCUUACAGAUUUCUGCGUCGCAUCAGUCUCUCGGAUAAUUUGUGCGCGCGACCUUCGUUGCUCAGCCCCAAACACGGUUAGCCAUUAAUCGAAUGAGCAAAGAUAACGGUCAUAAUUCACAAAGCUCCAAAAAGACUAGCAGUACCAAAUUGGUCACGAUCGAACGAAAUCUUUUGAUUAUAUGAAAUCUUUAGAUCGCGUCGGUUGUAUGUCUGGACAGGAACUACGUUAGAGCAAAUAUUAAAGAUUUAAAUUCUGGCUCUAUUUAAGAAAUACCACGAAAUUAACCCACUAACUAAUUUUCGUUAAUAACGGUAUAUCAUCUUUGAUGGCAAGCGAACGAUUAUUAAUUAUCGUUUGUCCUAUCUGUGUACAUUCAUUCUGAUAUUACACUCUACUACUAAAUCGCGAGUACUUUGAUUGUUUUAAUUUCUUUAAACUUACAGGCGGAAGGUCCAGCACAGGGAGACGCUGCAUCCACGUCAUUGCUUUUUUUGCACUUAAACUUUUCCACCCACCUUUAGUACAUAUACUCAUAUAUGUAUAAAAAAUGUCGGCAAUAUUUGCCGUUAGUCAACCGAAUGAAAUUCGAGAAUUUUUCCUGGCUUUCGAACAACUCAGCGUAAUUGAGAGUCCUUUGAUGAUUAUUGUCUAUCGCUAUUCUGUUUCCAUCAACUUGAACUUUUGCACGAUCCAGUUAUAAUAUAUUGAAUAUAUAACGCAUAAAUGAAUAUUGCUGUUCAAAAAUUAAACCAGCAGAAUAUCGAUAUAAACAACAUGACCUGUUUUCAAGUUUGUUUAACAAACUACCUCUUACAGAAAAAUUAACUAACAAUAAAAUUUAUGUAAACUUGAAUAUUAAAUGUUUGCAUUGGAUCUUAGUAAUACUUCUACCGUCAGUAAAAAACCACAGGAAAGAGAAAUAUGACUUGACGCAAAUGAACCCGUCAUAUAGCGUGGCGGUGGAAGUACAAAAGGUACUUGCUUAUAAUUAAAUAUCUCUAAUUCACUAUUUCUUUAUAGGGAGUGCAACGGACUUCUUGCCAGGUCCCAUAUAUGACCUCAAUCAGACGGGGCAAGUUAUCGCAGGUCCGGGUGCUAAGUAUUUGACAUUGCCUGGGAUCCUGGGUGCCGGACUGCCAAAAAUAUCAUCGGAGCAACAGGACACAGUUAACAGAGCCAAGAAAUAUGCUAUGGAACAAAGUAUAAAAAUGGUUCUAAUGAAGCAAACAUUGGCCCACCAACAGCAGCAAAUGGCUAGUCAACGGAAUCAGGUGCAGCGACAGCAGGCUUUGGCCCUCAUGUGCAGGGUAUACGUGGGCAGUAUCAGCUUCGAGUUAAAAGAGGACACGAUAAGACAGGCCUUUUUGCCUUUUGGACCUAUCAAAUCGAUCAACAUGUCCUGGGAUCCCGUUACGCAGAAGCAUAAAGGCUUUGCGUUCGUCGAGUACGAGAUACCGGAGGCUGCACAACUUGCCCUCGAACAGAUGAAUGGCGUCAUGAUUGGUGGACGCAACAUCAAGGUAGCGGGGCGUACCUAUAUAACGAAUUUCCCGUUCCCGCGCAAUCCUAUCAGCUCGCCGGAGGUGGUGGGACGGCCAUCUAAUAUGCCGCAAGCUCAGUCGGUCAUUGAUGAGAUCACCGAGGAAAGUAAGCAUUAUAAUCGCAUUUACAUCGCCUCCAUACAUCAAGACUUAACGGAGGACGACAUUAAGUCCGUUUUCGAAGCUUUUGGGCCUAUUACGUAUUGCAAACUGGCACAGGGUAGCUCGCCCCACCGACACAAAGGAUACGGUUUCAUCGAGUACGAGACCAUGCAAUCCGCUUUAGAAGCAAUUACGUCUAUGAAUUUGUUUGACUUGGGUGGACAGUAUUUAAGAGUUGGCAGAGCGAUCACUCCACCUAACGCUCUCAUGGGACCGCCCAGUGGGACUAGCAUGAUGCCCACGGCUGCGGCUGUUGCUGCUGCCGCUGCUACUGCCAAAAUUCAAGCAAUGGAUGCAGUGGCAAGUAACGCCGUUGCGUUGGGAUUGACCAAACUCGGAGCGACCGCGCCGCCCAUCUUGAAUCAGGCCUUGCCCGGAAUUGUACGACCAACUAUUACCCCAGCAACGAUAAUGGCACCCCCAGCUGUAGCUACUAUUUCUCCGGUGAUACCUCCGCCUGGUAUCGCUAUUCCUCAGACCUUAACUAGACCACCAGCUAUUAUUCAGCCGAUUCCAGGUCAACCGGUCGUUAUACCACCCCCUGCUAUUGUAGCACCCACUGUAGUCGGUGCGCCAAUCGUUCCUGUCGUUCCUGUAACCACCGCCACUGCCGCCGCCAACACCGAUAUCAUGAGGCGAGCGCAGGAACAAGCGGCGCACCAGAAGCAACAGGAAGAAUUACAGAAAAAACUCCUGGAGGAGACUGAGCCGCAAACGUUGCAGCAACAAGAAAACAUGUCGAUCAAAGGACAGAGCGCGCGUCAUCUCGUUAUGCAGAAAUUAAUGCGCAAGGUCGAAUCGCGCGUUGUGAUUCUUCGGAAUAUGGUCGCGCCGGAGGAUGUAGACGAAAGCCUGCAGGAAGAGAUUCAGGACGAAUGCUCAAAAUUCGGCGUCGUUGAGCGCGUUAUCAUCUACAACGAGCGACAGUCCGAGGAUGACGAAGAUGCCGAAGUCAUUGUAAAGAUAUUUGUUGAAUUUUCACAGAUGAGCGAGGCGGAACGAGCAAGAGACUCGCUCAAUGGUCGUUACUUCGGUGGUCGAUUAGUGAAGGGUGAAUUGUACGAUCAAGCCCUAUUUGACAACAGCGAUUUCUCCGGUUGACUCCACCACUUCCGUCGGUCAGCUCCGAAUUAAAAUAUGAGAUUUCCCUCGGGGAAGGAUCCUUAUUGUUGUCUAUAAAUAGUGCACGUCUGAACAAUAUUCGGAAACUUAUGAUGCGAAUUUUCAGUCCGCGGUACCUACGUUACUGUUAAGACCGGACUCAGAAUAGUAGUAUAAUUUACAAGCUAUCGUAAAUUCUCGCAGGGCUCUACACACAGACACGUUGAGGUCGAAAUUAAUUAGUCGGAAUUCGGUAUUUCCGCGACAGCUACGAGCAGAUCAAAACAUUGUUUCCGAAUGCGUCGGACUACUUUAGUUCGCCAGCGGGAACGUACUGAAUCAAUACAAGCCGCUAAACGUUUAAUACUUUGUAUAAGUGUAACUGCAGUACUGAUUCCAAUUCAAAUAAUGACGACCUAGAUUGGCUUAGGAAAUAUUCAGAUGUUGGUAAUCGUAUUGGCAUAAUGCCAAAGACAUCGACUGCCGGUACGGAAGUAGAACGUAUACACAGACUUUGGGCUAAUGUAGCGACGAAAUUACGUUUACGAAAGAGAUAUGCGAUUCGUCAUACAUGAAUAUGGUGUGUCCAUGUGUACAUGUAUAAUAAUAACAAGACAUUAAUAAAUUGUUUUACAUAAAUGAA